AUGGAGCUGAAGACCAAGCAAAUGGAAAAGGUACUGGAGUCUCUACAACAGCAGAUAAAUGGAUUACAGCUAUCAUUAACUAAUGUUUCUACUAAUCCAUCAGAGAUUUUAGUUGCAAAAUCAAUGCUCUCUGGUCAACUGCAAUCUUUAACUCGGAGAUUCAAGAAUUUGAUAAGUGAUAAUAAUACAAGUGAAUAUGAAGAAACCAAUGUAAAUUUCGCUGAUACAACCACAAAACAUACUUAUUUAUUGAGGGACAUUGAAGAUUUUAUCAAACAAAUUGAUGAUUACAAACUUGACGAACAUAGUACCGAUUACAUGGCAGAAUCAUUGUUUGGCAAAAUUGCAUUAGCUCUGAGAGCUCUCGAAGAUUUAGAAUGCUUGCCAUUAAAGCAAAGACUCCAGGAUUGUUUGGAUUAUGUUAAAGAAAUGAGCAUAGCGAAUCAAAUAGAAGACUUUCAAAAUAUAAAAGAACUUGGUACUUCAAUAUUAGAAAUACUUGAUCUACUGCAAAAGUACAGAAAAAGUUUAGCGUCUACCGUUCUGUCGGAAAAACUAACUCUAUACACUACUCAAUUGUGCACAUCAUUUGGUAUGCUGAUACAACUGGCUGAAGAGCAGCAUUAUUUAAAUGCUCCAAUUUAUGCUUGCAAGAAAUAUAUUUGUAGAAGAAUAUGUAUUUGUUGCGAAAUGAUCAUAGAGCUGCUCGGUGGUUCGAAUCCAUCUGCGGAAGAGGAAGCUCUCGAAAGAGAGAAUCACUUCGUUUACAGAAUGGAUUUAGUGUUAGAUGUUAUAUCAGAGAUACCAAGAAAAACGCAUCAGCAGCAACUGUCCGAAUGCGCGGAACUGUGGCUGAGACUAGAAGACGUCUUCUCUCACGCCAUGGCAGUUACUCAAGUGUGCCAGCCGUAUAAUUUCAAAGCCAUAACUGGAUCAUGCCAGUCCAUAGUGCAGGAAUACGAUAAGCUAAAACAGCAAUUGCAAUCAGAGGUUCCGGAUACGGCAUUGAAUACGUUAUUUAUGCAUACCUUAACCGAUGCACUCUAUCGUUUGGAACGGAAAGUCAAUAUAGCGAUGUUAACCCUCGUAAUGGAGGUCUUCAGCAAUCCUUACACCGUGUUGAGGAAAUUUGUUAUGACGUGCGGGAGUUCGUUGAGCGCAAAAGAAAGAUCUAAGAACGAUCUGAACAAUCUCACAGAAGAUUUCGAUCAACUCUUUGAUCAGACCGUACAAAUCGGAAUGUUCGCUAUCGCCUGUUGCAAAGACACGAGUCGUAACAAUAAGAUCCGCAACUGUCUCGCAGGAUUCGAAUCCUUAGAGACUGAGUUAAUAUCCGCCAUCACUUCCUUCUACUUGCAUCCUGACAACAAAGAGAUGCGUUCUAGUGUCAAGCUGUUGACCGCGCAGUGGCAGCUAGAAAUGAACAAGUUUCAGAACGUCGUAAAUCUCAUUAUAAACUCAGCUGCUUUCUGCCAGGUGGUUUUGGACAGUCUUCAAGAACAUGUAAAGACAAUGUCAGAUUGUCUGGAUAAUAGACAACCAGUGACUCGGCUGCAGGUGCAAGCUGUUGUUCAGCGGGCCUCGGCCCUGUCCAGCCAAAUGACUGCGGUCGUGAAUGAUAUCGGUAUAGAAAAUAUCGAUCGUCAGACGAUAAUGAUGACGAGAGAAUUGAAAGCAGCCAUAUUCGAAGCCAAUGCGGCUGCCAAAACUCUUCUGGUGGAGAAUGCGACGGAGCCGCAACAGUUACGCGUGAUAAAACGCUGUGAAUUAAUUUUGAAAGUCGUUCAAAGAUUGCAGCCCGCGCUAUCCGCGAUUAUGAAUAACACCAUGCACGAGAAAUCCGGAAGGAGCCAAGGAAAUUCCAGCCAUGGCAUGACAACAAGUAUCUUCAACACCGGUAACACCAAUUUUCCAUGUACGAUUUACGGUUUGCCACGUGACGAGAGCAGUUUAACUUACAUCAGGACACCCUACACAGUAAAAACGUAUAAACCGCCGUUGUCCAUUCAACCGGCCAACAGUACCGUACAGAAGCCGUCGGAUUUGUCGUGUUUAAUACCUUACAUAAAAAGCGGCCGCGCACUACGCAGCGAGCACACCAUCAUGUACAAUACACCGCGUAAAAUGAAGAACGAGGCGGAAUCAAUUGUUCGAAGCGAGAUGUCUUUCAGGAAUCCGUCUAACGUCAGACAACAUCUCUUCGGUAGGGAUAGCUUUGCAGUUCACAGCGCUAACAUCGAUGUCACUGAAGAGAGCAUGGAUUUAACCGCUGCCUUGGAGAAGAUUAGCAUGUUAUCUACAUCGGCGAAUGCAACGUUCUCGUCUUGUCAAUCCUCACAAGAUGUAUCUCCUGGUACCACGAAGAAAGGAUCAGUUUCCAACACGGUAGAAAAUUUGCGCGGAAAUGUGAGAUCAGAAGCGGACAAUUGUUUAAACAAGUCCUCAGUGACCGAAAAGUCGGGCGAACGGGCUAUAUCGGGUGGCGGCGAUGUAUCCUUAAUCACGGAAACCUGUAAAAGGCUCAAUAGCGUUCAACUUUCCAAUAGCAAGAUUCAAAACUCAACAUCGAAGUAGUAUAAGGUGUAACGAUGGUGUAGGAAGGGAUUGUAUUUUUACACGAAAUCCUCUUGUCAGUGGAUUACUUUCUAGUUAUAAAAGUAUACGAAAUAUAUAUUUUAAGAUGAUAGUUA